AGCAGCAGCAGAGGAUCCGCUGACAGUCGAGGCUGAGCCGCCGAGGAGACAGCAACGCUCCGGGUUUGUUCCUGCAGCAGAUUAAACUGUUGUCGUUUCAGGAUGCGAACAACUCCCAGCAGUCCUCUCAGAGCCGCUAGGCAUGCAGCCUCAGUCUGCAGUCUCCGCCGUUAAACGGGGCGCCGGUGAAUAACACUCGCAUCAAUUACUGGAUAAAUGACUUGAGAAACUCUCGUGGAAGUCAGCGGACAGAGGAAACGGCUGCACGGGAGAUGAAUGUGACCAGGAAGCAGCAACCUAAGCUGAUCGAGCGACCCGCCAGCCUGCCGGUUCCAACUUCGACAAAAUCUGGAAUUGCUUUGCUGUACAAUGAAGAGACCAACAAUACCUAUGACGUCUGUCUGAAACUGACCAAAGAAGCAUUAACCAUACAGAAGCUGGACGUGGUUUGCACAAGUGCGAGUGACUCUCAAGUAAAUCACAGAACUGUUGUACUGCGAAGACAAGCGGCUGGCGGUCUGGGCUUAAGCAUCAAAGGAGGUGCAGAGCACAACGUGCCAGUGGUUAUUUCAAAGAUUUUUAAAGAUCAAGUAGCCGAUCAGACGGGGACGCUGUUCGUCGGGGAUGCGGUGCUUCAGGUCAACGGCAUAAAUGUAGAGCGUUGCACUCAUGAGGAAGUUGUUCACCUCUUGCGUACGGCAGGCGAUGAGGUCACCAUCACCGUGCGCUACCUGCGAGAAGUUCCAUCAUUUCUAAAACUGCCUUUAGGAUCUCCAGGAUUGGAUCACAGUCGAAUGUCUUCUCCACUUUUUGACAGUGGAUUACAUUUAAAUGGAAACGGAAACAACGCAGCUCCGUCGCCCCCUUCGCCCUCAGCUAAUGAACCAAAGUAUGAGAAGCGCUGGCUGGAUGCCGUUCGCCUGCCCUUGUUGAUGGCCAGAGUCUCCAGAUACAAAGCUGGCACAGAUAAAUUAAGGUCCAACUGUUUUGAAGUCUUUGCCUUGGAUAAAGCCAGCACCAAUAUUCUUCAAUUUUGUACUGCAGCAGAAAGCACAGACUGGCUCCAAGCAAUAUCUACAAAUAUCAAUGACUUGACCCAGGAGAAUAUAAAGAUCAUCAACAAAUACUGCUCUUCGGAUGAUCAGAUCGUUCACGUGGGCUGGGCAUGUGAGAGUCCCGAGGGCGGCGCAGCCGGUCUAUCUUCAGCAUUCAAGUUUCUGGCACUGAGAGGACCUUAUUUUUAUAUCUUCAAAAGUCCCCCGAUCAGUGCCACUGACUGGGGACAAGCUGAAACAACGUAUGACCUCUAUGAGGUUCUUUUCAAGGUUCACAAGCUGUGGAUGGCAGAGGAUUGCUGGCUCCAAGCGAGGCUCUACUUGGGGCUGGAACAUUCACCUGAGCAGCAGGACAAUGAGUCUCUGUGCUUCAGUAUUCUGGUCGGCCAUGGCCAGAGCCACACCUUCAGGGUAGAGCUGGCCACUGACCUGGCUAUCUGGGAAAAGUCCUUCCAAAGGGCAGUCUUCUUGGAAGUGCAGCGAAUACGGUCCAAAAGCUACAUGUGCAGCAGCCAGGGAAGUUUACUCUGCUUCACCAUAGAUUUUGGCUCAGGCUUCACCUGCUCAGAAGGCAACUCCAAGACCGUUCUGUGGCGAUAUAAAUUCUCCCAGCUUAAAGGCUCCUCUGAUGAUGGAAAAACCAGGGUGAAACUUCUUUUCAAGAAUGCUGAAAGCAAUCAAAUAGAAAUGAAGGAACUAGAGUUUGCUAAUCUGACAGCCGUCCUCCACUGUAUACAUUCUUUUAUUGCUGCCAAAGUGGCCUCCAUGGACCCUCUGUUUAUGUGCAGUCAAAGCUUCUCUGGAAAUUACAUGAACAGUUAAGAAGAUGCGACCUUGCUGUGAGGUGAACUGGAAGAAAAAAAUCAGCUGUAUUUUAUGCACAGAGCGAAUUCAUCUUGUCCUUGCUAUUUUUGUAUGAACUGAAAAAGAAAUAUUUGUAAUAGUAAAGGUAGGUAAUGUAAGAAUCUGUGAUGGAAUUAUGGUUUUAUUUAAGACACGGAGACAGUUGGAAAAGCUUCAGUUUCAUUUCUUUGAUUUCAUUUAUAGUGAUUCUGAAUAUUUACAUCAUGACAUCAAAUUCAACAGCUGCCAGUGUUUUCAAAGGUUUAGAUUCUGUCAGUUUACAUCUAAGGAGUAGAUUAAAUUCAGAGUUGAUCUUUAAAGAAGAAGCCACCUCUUCAGUUCAUUUUUCUCUUAAAUCUGGUAAAAAAAAAAAAAACACAGCAAUUCUCUCUAAUAAGCCAUAAGUAUUUACCACCGCAUUUAGCCGUCAUUACUUUGUUU